CUUCUCUUUUUUGGUAACGCAAGUCGGGAGAUUCUCCAGCCCUACUUUUGGUACUGCUUCUGCAAAGUGAUGAUGUCUCUGAGUGGUGGACUUAUAAAGUGAAUUUUUCAGCUAACAAGUUCCCACAAGGGUCUCGCGGAGAGGUUGAAGUCGCCACGGGGUUCCAAGGAAGAGAGUUUCGCGAAAAGGGUCGUCAUGAAGGACCAAAGCUGUACUGAUGAAAUUACACAAAUCUUCCAAGAGGCUGCGCCGGCGAGACAAGCCCUGUUGGACAACUACAACAACCUGAUGAACGUGGCCGAAUACUGCGAGAAUAACUACCUGCAGGCAGGUGCAGAUGCGGCCAAGGCCCUGGAGGAGACUAAGAACUUCACCACCCAGUCUCUGGCCAGUGUGGCCUACCAGAUCAGCAACCUCGCCUCCAACGUCCUCAAGCUGCUGGAUGCACAGAACUCCCAGCUCAGACACAUGGAGUCCUCUGUCAACCUCAUCGGACAGGUAGCAUGUCUCAACUUAUGUAUUAGGCUCCGAUUCAGUUUCAGGAAGAGAAUACAAGCAUGUGUAUAUUAGCAGCAGUGGUGGUUGGUGCCGAGGAGGGAGGACGAUUAUUUUUUCAUGAGCAUGGCCUUUCUAUUACAGCGUAUUGGAUGACUGCCAUUCAUAUUCCAUUUACCCAGCUCAAAGUAACAUCGCUAGGUUUAGGUUACUACAGGAUACUCAAAUUGUCUCUAUACCCAUCAUGAGGUUGCUACAACCUAGCCUAUGAAUGAAAGUUUACAACGUAGGUGCACAGGUCGAGAGAAAUUUGAAAGGUGACAUACAUUAACACAUUCAAUACCGCCUUGUACACUCUUGCCUCCAUCUAGCUGAUCUAGGGUGUAAUCAUUAGUCCAACAGUUGCAAACGAGAGUUUCUAUUGGACAAAUUCAGGUAUGUUUAUACCCAUUUCGUUCCAUUUGCCUCUGUUUAAGAAACGUUUUUGGCGGAAAUAAUACACCCCUGGUCACAUGCAAACACUGUUCACUUACAUAGCAGCCACAUACAAACAGCAUUAUCACUUUGAUCAUUGUAUAGUCCUUCUCACAUCUAUGCCCUCUCCUCCUCUCACCUUUUCCCUUAGCUUGUGGACUUCAGUGCUUAACACAUCAGCGGUCUGGGACCAGACAGUGGACAUGCACAGAGAGAAGGUGGCCCGGAGAGAGAUAGGGGCUUUCACCACAGCCAAGAGGGUUCCCCGCAGUCACAAAAUAAUCCCCCCGGCAACAGGCAAGGAGCCCAAACCCAAGUACACCCGUAGUCCCAUCACCUACUCGGACCUGGACACACAGGGACAUGGCAUGAAGGAUUCUGGUAAGCUGCUGGGGAAACCAGGGUCAACACGCAAACAUGGCGGCACCAUCAGUAGGAGCACUUCCAGAGCAAACCCAGAGCCUGUCCAGUGUCCCGUAGCCCCCUCUCUGUCUCGAGGGGCGUCCCUCACCUCUCUCCAUGAUCGCUCCAUUGGAUCCAGCUUCGGCAAGGCCGUGCCUCCCCCCGUGGUCCCCAGCUGGCCCACGUCACCUGACUCUGACAUCAUCACCACCCUGCUGGAGGAGGCCACGCCCACACCACCGCCCCUGUCUCUGAUGGAGGAUGGUGACGCCGCCAUGGCCACUCCGGCCUCUCCUCCUCCUCCCAAGGCGCCGCCUGCCUCCUCUCUGGAUGUCCCUCCUCCCCCUCCACUGCCCCCCGCAACCAGCACCCCUAAACCUGCCCAUACCAGCCUUGCCUACAUCCCCCCUCCCCCUGCCCCACCUCCACUGGAGACUGUGGCUGAAGAGAACGGCUUCCCGCCUCCUAUGCCACCACCAUCUGACGAGCCUCUCCCUCCACCAACCAGUGAGGACCUGGAGCUCCCUGGCCCUCCCCGUCCACCGAGUGAUGAGGUGGAUGAAGAUCUGGUGAUCCCAGCCCCUCCUCCACCUUUUACCGACAGCGUGGUGGGCUUUGAUGACGACAUGUCACCCCUACCCCCCCCUGCGGAUUAUGAUACGACUGGCCCUGCAGACUUUUUGGAGAAAGUGGUGGCGCUGUACAGCUACAACUCAGGGAAGCCUGGAGACCUGGUGUUCCUGCAGGGAGAAGUCAUCUACCUGAUCAAGAGGAAUGAAGAUGGCUGGUGUGAGGGACUGCUCAACGGAGUAGAGGGAUUCUUCCCUGGGAACUACGUAGAUUCCUCCUCCAGCUAAGAUAUUAGACCACUUAAAGGUAGACUCAGCGAUAUGACGUAAACGCAGAAAGUAAACAGCAUAGUGGGUCAAUUUCCUCUACAACUAAGAGUGUUGACGCCCGAGGCUCAACUUUGUCCUCUGUUUUGGUCUUGUGGCUACCAUGUUGUACAAGUGUGAAGCGAACCCGUGCACAUGUGCAGAUUCUGUGUGUGACUGUGUGAGAGCGGAGUCGUGCAUCUCGCUUAUCACAAUAUCUGUGGUGCUGCUCGUGGCAAUGUCAUUUCGCUUAUUCUACCUGUAAUAUGAAAAGGGAAAGUAGGCUCUGUCCACAAACAACCCCUAACCCUAUACCCUAAGUCUACCUAGGCACUUUAUGUUGACCAGGAAGAAUUGGACAGGUAUAAUCAUACCUAUUCACAUCAUUGGUAAAGAAAAAUCAAUAACUAUUGUAGCUUCACCUGUCCCUUUGAUAGGCCAGAUGGAAUUUAAACCACCAGAGUUUAGGGCUAGUGGUUGUUUCUUGAUGGGGACAUAGCCAACUAUUAGCUUUGUAGAAAGACCUCUACUGACCUCUACAGGUCAUAGUAAUGUGAACGGAAUAUAAAGCAAUAUUUAUACAGGGAAUGAUAACAGGAUUCUGAAAUAUAGCCACUUUAUAGCGCGAGGGGCUAGCUAUAUAUUACCAAGAGGGUCACUAGGUAGGACGACUUAGUAUCUGCUAUCUUUCAACCAAGACUAGAUACAAGAUUCAAAGUCAGCUUGCUUAUUAACCAUGAAGGUAGUGAAUACUUGGUAAAGAGGGAAAAUGCUUUGCAAGUUAUAUAAUAGCUCUAUGUCCUGUUAAGUAUUGUUUUACAAGUACUGUAGUACCAGUAUGUGAACUAGAUUGGCCUCGCUGUUGUGCUCACUAGGACAAGCCCGGAACGCUGCAAAAUGAUAUGGUAAAGUUGCAUCAGUUUUUUUUGUCAAUGGAACCAGGCACUGUUUUGCUGCUGCAGUUUUUGGCUCUGCAGGAUGAUAUUGGUCUCUUAAUUAGAAUUGCACUAAUAUAUUUUGUAAUAUUCAAACUAAGAUGAAGUAAUAUAUGGAUUAUUGAGAAAAUUCAUACCCCCCAAAAAAUAUUUGUCUGAAUUCUAUCACGUGGUGAAAAUAUUUUACUGUAGUGAUGUCAUGAUAUUGAACAAUCUGAAAGUGCUUUUCAACUUGUUCAUGUUUUCAGUUAGUUUCAUUUUGAUAUUUAGUACGUCCUUUUAGAUUGAACAAUGUUUUAUUGACAUGUCUUUCAAUAAAUACUUUUCCAAAUGAA